GUCAAUGGAAGUGUCUACAACAACGACAACCUCAUUUGGCGACAAGAGCCUUCCCCGGAAGUAGACGCAGCAUGGGAGGGUCUAGCUAGAAUAAAAUGGUUUGCCAUUUCUAGUUCUGAUGUUGAGAAGCUGGGAAAGGAUCCCGAGAAGACUGUCAAGAUUCCCAAAGACUGGGGCUACGGAAUGAACACUCACUUCGCAGCCUUAGACUCCCAACACCUCCUCCACUGCCUCAACAUGCUCCGCCGAUCCGCCUGGCCUGAAUAUUACAACAUCGCACCUUCACCCUGGCACACGACCCACCUCUCCCACUGUACUUACCUCCUCAUGCAAGCUUUAACCUGCCAACCGAGCUUGAACGUCAUAACGCAUAAUUGGGUGGAGGGCCAGAGAUUCCCGUUUCCAGAUUUUGAUAUCGAGAGGAAGUGUGUAGAUUAUGAGAGUGUGUGGGAGUGGAAUAUGGAGAGGGGGAUUAGGUAUGAGUUAUUGGAGGGUAUUGUGAGGCCUGAAGGGGCUCGGGUUGGCCUAGAUCCGGAGAGGAAGGGUAGUUGA